AUGAUCACCGUUGGAUUUGAUCGUGUGGACGAUGAUCUCUGGUGGGAAGACUUCUUUCCUGAAUGGAUUGAUGAAGAGGAAAAGUGGUCUUCACCAACGUGCCCAGAAAUCCCAAUGCCGCGGUUCGAGGAGUACGGUGAGAUGGACGUGGUUGUAGCUAGGGUUCCAUGUGUUAGGAAUGUGUUUAGAUUACAAGUUAAUCUAAUGGUUGCUAAUUUGUUGGUGAGGAGUGGGUGGGAAAAUAAUCAGGAUCGGACGGUGUAUGCUGUGUUUAUCGGUUCAUGUGGGCCCAUGUGGGAGAUUUUUAGAUGUGAUGACUUGUUAUGGAAUGAAGGGGAGUAUCGGGUGUAUAAGCCUGAUUUGAGAAGAUUAAAACAGAAGGUGAUUAUGCCUAUUGGUUCAUGUCAGCUUGCUCCUCCUUAUGCUGAGCCAGUUGUUGAUGUUGGUAUGAAACAUGCAAGGAAAGCGAAGAUGGAGAGGGAUGGCUCUUUGGGUUAUAGUUGUACAAAGUAUAAAAAGGAAGGAAUUUUGUGUUCUCACUCUUUGAAGGUUAUAAGAGACGUAUUGAGGAUGAUAGAGAUUCCUUCACAAUACAUUGCUAAGAGGUGGACCAAACAAGCAAGAGCUGAAACUGUGAAAGACCUUACGGGGAAUGACAUUCAAGUUGAUGUAAAAUUCUAA